CGCGAGAUCUUCAACAACAUCGACGCGGACCACAGCGGCGAGAUCGACCUCGAGGAGCUCGGCGUCGCGAUGAAGCUCCUGGGCCGCGAGAUGGCGCCCGAGGCCGUCAAGGAGAUGAUGGCCAAGUUCGACAAGGACGGCGACGGCAACCUCGACAUGGACGAGUUCGUCGCCCUCAUGUCGGAGAAG